UCUCUAGCAGUCUCACGUAACCUGUCACAUGUCUGCAGUCUCUGACCAUCUCCUGUUAUAUGUCUGCAGUCUCUGACCAUCUUCUGUAGCAUGUUUGUAGUCUCUGAACAUCUUCUGUUAUAUCUCUGCAGUUUCCAACCAUCUCUUGUAGCAUGUCUGCAGUCUCUGACCAUCUCCUGUUACAUGUUUGCUGUCUCUGACCAUUCACUGUUACAUGUCUGCAGUCUCUUACCAUAUCGUAUAGCAUGUCUAUAGUCUCUGACCAUCUCCUGUUACAUUUCUGCAGUCU